GGAGAGAGAGGGAGAAAGAGAGAGAGAGAGAGGGAGAGAGAGAGAGAGAGAGGGGGGGGAGAGAGAAGCAGACUGUAAAUAUGGAGGAGAUGAAACGGUAGGAGUUGAGACGCGUCCUGCUUGUUAAAUUACACGUUUUCAUGUGAAAUAAAAGCGCAGAGGAGCUCUACGGGGACACACACCGAGCCUCGGCGGAAACCAAAGCCGGGAGGAAACGACAUCUCCGCUAUUACACGUUCCAGGAGGACCCACCGACAUCCACGGAAAGCCGACAUUGAGAAGAGAUUCAUCUGUCUGUCUGUCCAUCGUCCGUCCUCCAACACAUGGCCGACUCCAAGGACCCACUUUAACACACCCAUACACUCUGUGAAAGGAUUGGGGAGGGGAGUCCAGGUUCAACCUUCAUGAAUUCAUCACACACCUCAGAGCGCUGCCUCUUGUCUUGGCAUGCUGUUGCAUCCCACGGUGUCAGGAUUGUGCGCCAUGUUGCAGACCAUCUAUGAGACUGAGUCCUGUUUUUCCUCUGCCAGCACAGACAGCCACCACCAGCCUCUGGAGCUCCUGAGUGGCAACAGGGGCUCCAGCACUGCCAUGCCCACCGCUGUAGUGGAGGUGAAGAGCAGCCUCCCAUCAGGCAUGCAGAGCCCAGUAGGAACAGCAAGCGAGCAGAGAGGAGGAGGUGGAGAAGGUGGUGGGGGUACAGGAGAAGGCCCUGGAGGCCCUGGAGGAGGAGGAGGAGGAGGCCCAGUGGACCUGCGGACAGAGCCCAGGGCGGGGUCUCUGUCUGGGGCUGCGGUGGUGGACACAGCCCUGAGAGAGCAGCAGCUCCAGCAGGAACUUGUGCUACUCAAACAGCAGCAGGAACUCCAGAAACAACUGCUGUUUGCAGAGUUCCAGAAAAAACACGAAGUGCUCACAAGACAACAUGAAGUCCAGCUGCAGGAACACCUGAAGGUAGAUAGUCAGCAACAACAGGAGCUGUUGGCAGCAAAGCGGCAGCAGGAGCUGGAGCAGAAGAGGAAACUGGAGCAACAAAGACAUGAAGAGCAGGAGAAGCAUCGAUUGGAGCAACAACUGCUGCUGCUGAGGAACAAGGAGAAAGGCAAAGAGAGUGCCAUUGCCAGUACAGAGGUGAAGCUGAAGCUGCAGGAGUUCCUUCUCAGUAAGAAAGAGCCUGGCAUUGGUGGACUGAACCAUUCCUUCUCCCCAAAGUGCUGGGGAGCCCAGCACACCUCCCUGGAGCAGGGCUCUCCUCCGCAGAGUAACACCCCGGGAACUCCUCCCUCCUACAAACUGCCCCCACUGCUGGGGAACUACGAGGGCAAAGAUGACUUCCCGCUCCGCAAGACAGUCUCGGAGCCUAACCUGAAGGUGCGUUCACGGUUGAAGCAGAAGGUGGCAGAGAGGCGGAGCUCUCCACUCCUCCGCAGGAAGGAUGGAACCGUUAUCAGCACCUUUAAGAAGAGAGCCAUAGAGAUAUCAGUCUCCUCCCUCUGUAAUAGCGCUCCAGGUUCAGGUCCCAGCAGUCCCAACAGUUCCAAUUCGGCUAUCGCCAAUGGCAACACAGGAUCGGUCCCCAACAUACAGACCGAGCUGAGAUCUCUCCAUCAGACGCUGGGGGCUGAUGGGACAUUGAGUCCUCUGAAUCUCUACACCUCGCCCUCUUUGCCGAAUAUCUCCUUGGGCCUCCCGGCCAACACUCACAUCACGCCCCCCCAGAAUCUGUCUGCUCAGCAAGAGGCCGAGCGUCAAGCCAUCCAAUCACUGCGUGGGGGCGGAGCUCUAACAGGGAAGUUUCUCUCCACAUCCUCCCUACCUGCAGGGGUGGGGCAUGAUGUGGAGACACCGCCCCCCAGCUCUCAUUCUGCCCAUUCCUCGUUAUUGCAACAUGUACUACUGCUGGAGCAGGCCAGACAACAGACUGCUAUGCUAGCUGUCCCCAUGUACAGCCAGUCGCCACUGGUUACAGCAGAGAGAGGCGUGUCCAGCGCCAUGAGGGCGGUCAACAAGCUGCCUCGCCAUCGGCCAUUGGCUCGGACCCAGAGUGCGCCGUUGCCCCAGUCCCCCCAGGCCCUGCAGCAGCUGGUGGUCCAGCAGCAACACCAGCACUUCCUGGAGAAACACUACAAGAUACUAUCCAAGGGGACAGAGCUUCCCAGACCGCCGCCCACCCACCCAGAGGAGACAGAGGAGGAGCUAACAGAGACUAAUGACAUGCAGGAGGACGACGAAGGGGCAAGCCUUCACAGGCUUCAGAAGGAGGGGUCAGACGACAGCACGCCCCCCUCUGAGCGACUUGGUGUGCACGUGAAGGGCGAGGAGGAGCAUGGGGGCGUGCACGUGAAAGGGGAGAGUACUGAGAGCGAGCUGGACGAAGAGGAAGAAGAAGAAGACAUCAUCCAGCUGAGGGAGGGCGACGAAGAGGAGAGGGGGAGCUACACACAGGCCUUGCAGCAGCUGGGUGUGUUCCAGUCCUCGUUGCCCCACAGACCCCUGGGAAGAGCGCAGUCCUCCCCUGCAGCCACUGUCAAUCCCAUCAAACACCUCUUUACUACCGGGCUUGUAUAUGACAGUCUGAUGUUGAAGCAUCAGUGUGUGUGUGGCAACGCUCACAUUCACCCAGAGCAUGCUGGGAGAGUGCAAAGCAUCUGGUCCAGACUGCAGGAGACGGGCCUGCUGGGUCGCUGUGAGAGGAUUCGUGGGCGUAAAGCGUCUCUGGAUGAGAUCCAGUCUGUCCAUUCAGAGUUCCACACUCUGCUGUAUGGAACCAGUCCGCUGAAUCGACACAAACUGGACCACAAGAAGCUGCUAGGUCCAAUCAGCCAGAAGAUGUAUGCUGUUCUUCCCUGUGGAGGAAUAGGGGUGGACAGCGACACUGUGUGGAAUGAGAUGCACUCGUCGGCGGCAGUCCGCAUGGCCGUCGGCUCGGUCAUCGAGCUAGCCUUCAGAGUGGCGGCAGGGGAGCUGAAGAAUGGCUUUGCGGUGGUGCGUCCACCAGGUCACCAUGCUGAGGAAUCCACUGCCAUGGGGUUUUGUUUCUUUAAUUCAGUAGCCAUCACUGCCAAGCUGCUGCAACAGAAACUUGGAGUGGGCAAGAUCCUCAUUGUGGACUGGGACAUUCACCAUGGCAACGGCACCCAGCAGGCCUUCUACAGUGACCCCAACGUCCUCUACAUCUCCCUCCAUCGUUACGAUGAUGGAAACUUCUUUCCUGGCAGUGGAGCGCCUGAGGAGGUGGGAUCAGGUGCAGGUGUUGGUUUUAAUGUGAACAUAGCGUGGACUGGAGGAGUAGAGCCGCCUAUGGGUGAUGUGGAGUACCUCACUGCCUUUAGGAGUGUGGUGAUGCCCAUCGCCCAGCAGUUCAGUCCAGAUGUGGUUCUGGUGUCUGCAGGCUUUGACGCAGUGGAGGGUCAUCAGUCUCCUCUGGGAGGAUACAAUGUCUCCGCCAAGUGUUUCGGUCAGCUCACGCAGCUGCUGAUGGGUCUAGCGGGUGGGCGUGUUGUUAUGGCGCUGGAGGGCGGUCAUGACCUCACCGCCAUCUGUGACGCAUCAGAGGCCUGCGUCUCUGCGCUUCUUGGAGACCCGUGUGACUCUGUGUUUCAGUGGCCUCAGGAGAAGCCAUGUCCAAAAGCUUGGGCCUCACUGGAGAGAGUAAUAGAGAUCCAGAGUAAACACUGGUCUUGUCUCCAGAGUUUGACUCAGACGAGUGGCCACUCGCUAUUGGAUGGCCCCCUGGGGGCUCAGGGCCAGUCGGAGGACGAGGCAGAAACAGUCAGCGCCAUGGCUUCCCUUAGUGUUGAUGUUGAGCAGCCAGGCUCCGUUCCUGACAACACGGAAACCAGCAGGUCCACAGAGGAACCAAUGGAAGAAGAGCCUGUAUUGUAGGAGCAGCUUAAACAAGAACCACACAAAAACUCCACAUUCACCUCCUCCUGGCACCUCCUCUUCCUCUUCCUCUUCCUCCGCAGAGUGUGGGUAGGUACACACACACAGAGUGGAAUUGUGCAGUUGUGGAAGACUCUAAUUGGCUGAGGAGAACAUUAUGGAGACAGGAGAAGGCGGGGCCUGUGACAAACAUGGAGACAUCUCUUUUCUAUUGGUUCAUCAGCCCAAGGAGAAGCAGACGACUUGUUAGCAUCUCCAUGGAAACCAGACGAGGAGAGGGUCAGCAAGGAGACACGUCUCGUGACCAGUAUACUUUACCACCUGUACACAGCACCACUGAAUAUUUCCCUUCCACCCCACAGUCACUCGUCUGUCUUUCUAUUUUGUCCCUACUCCUCUGUUUCCACAGCGGGACGAUGACUGUGGAAAACUUGAAUUUGAAUCUCGUCUAAAUGUCAGACACCAAGCAGACGACUUGUCUUCUUGUCUGUCUGUCUGUCUGUCAGAGAGACAGGCUGACCGAACAUGGGGUUGGCUGGCGGAGGAGGAAUAACCUGUUUUAAAAUGAGCAGAGGAGGAGGAGGAACUAGGUGCCUUUUUUUAAAACAAACCGUCCAAUCAGAAACCACAAAACACCACCGCCGCAGCACCUCAGCAAACCAACCAGCCAAUGAGGACUGAAGAAACACACCGAUGCACACACACAUACUGUUGUUGUUUCACUCAGUCAGUUCAUUUUUGAGUCUUUGUUUCGUCAUCUGGAUGCCUUAAUUUGUUCUUAUCUCACUAUUUAGCUACCUUGAGAGAGACGGCGAGAGAGAGAAUCAUGAGAGUUGAUAUAAAUAUAUAUUCAGAAAUGUAUUUAAAACUGCUAAGAAUUGUAUUUUCUUUCAAAUCUUACAAUAUUCAUGCCAGGUAUUCCCAACAGACAGAUCUUUUUUUUUUUGAGGGAAGAAAAGCCUCUAAAGCCAUCAUUACACACUAGAAAUCUCCAGUAAAAAUCUCCAUUGAAUAUUAAUGUAACAUUAAUAAUAAUAUUCAAUCAGACUUUUAUGGGAUCUGGUGAAAGUGUCUCAGGAUCAGGCCUGUUUUUAGCAGUAUUCAUUGUUUGAAAUAUGUAAUUAAUGAAGCUGCAUCACUUCAAACCACCACCUCUCUGUCACUCGUCUCUCUCUCUUUCACUCAUUUCGGUUGAGAGUCAUGUGACCUGAGCCCCGUCCCUUCUCUAAAGGGGAUUGUGGGAUUGUGGCACGUUUUUGAAACACCACAACGACCACCACGUCCCUCUGUUUUUCUUUCUUUUUUAAAAAAAAUUGUAAUAUUUCCUGUUUGGUGUAAAUACUGUCUCCUGUCCUGUUGCCCACAGUUACGUCACAGCAGACUCGGUGUGGUCACUUUUCUAUAUCUGUACAUACAUACAUGUAUAAAAACACAAAAUACUUUCUCUUUUUGUAUAAAAAAAAGAAAAAAUAAUAUUCUAUAUAAAUAUAUAUAUAUGUAAACAGUGUUUUAUCCAAUCAGAUUGGAUUUAUGAAUAUAUUCUAUUUGGAGAUUUGAUGUUUUAAAGGUUUGGCAGUUUGACAGGAAGUAAGCACACGGUCUGAUGUUAUCAGACCAUUGUUUGUUUGUUUACAGAUGUUGAGGAUGGCUGGAUAUUGUUGUAGUGGUUGUUGUUGGAGGUGAACAGCGAGCUCCAGUUCCUCUGGCAGGUCCAGGCAGGCAGCGCUGCCCUCCACAGGCAAACAACAGCAACUACAGAAAAGGGAAUACAAAGGUCAGAGGUCAUGACUGGGUAAAUAGGUUGGUCCAGUGAUGAUGUAUUUUCGUAGUCCAGCAGGGAGUUAGCUAGCCCCUCCAUGGCUUAUGAUAUUCUCAGAACUCGGACAUUUUAGUCACUAAGGGGCUCCAAAAAUUUCUUACAGCAACAAUGUUGAAAAUAUGAACUCACUGGAUGGUCGCUAAUCUUCUUAGCGAUUUAUAACAUGCCAGGCAGUUGUAAAGUAAAAGAAAAAAGAAAAAAAAGACUUACCCUGUCCAUAAAAGGUCGCUUCCAAUAAACUUAAUACAAACCUAUAUAAAAUCAAAGAUGACGCAGCAAGUCGCAGUGUGUUCAGGAUGCCACCGGAGGGAGCACACAGUCUGGCCUUGAGGGCGCGGAGUCGACGGAGGUCCAAGAGAUGUUGAGGAAUGGUGCAACGCUAGCGUUCGUUCGUCUUAGCUUAGAUGAUGGCACAUCGGGUCGUUUUGUUAGUUUCUUAGUUUGCACCAGCCAUGUAGCUUGUACCUGUCAUUUUGGACAUUGAAGUGGAUAAGAAGAGUUCCUACCAUCCGGUGUGUUCAUAUUUUCAACACUCUUGCUGAAACAAAUUUUAUGAUCCAGUCAGCGACCGUCGUACAUAGUAUGCUGAUCCUGAAUCAAGGCUAAUGAACCACUCUGUGUAUGAAAUGGCAAUUCAGGACUUCGUAAUCGUUUUUUUUUUUUAAUAUUAAAUAAUCUUCACAAGUCAGCAUUACUCACGAGCUCCAAAGGAUAAAUCAACUUACCUUUGGAAAAAUUAACUUACGGUCUUAUUGCUCUGGUGCCAUUUACACAAACUCAACUUGUUUACGCUACUCCAACCAAUUAAAUAAAAAAAAUUUAAAAUUUUAAAAAACUACAGUUGAGUUGGCAAAUCUAUUACAAAGUAUCCUUUAAGUGAAAACUGUGUACUAGAGCUUUAUGGCUUGAAAAAGGACUGUUCUGACAAGUGAUGUUACAAUUCUCCAACUGCAGUUAAACUUUGAAGACCGUUAGCUAUUUGUUAGCAACUUCCUUUAUCACUACUCAUAAAAGCUUUAAAAUGGAUGAACGGGCCAUGGCUCAAACAUGCUAACUACAGUAAGGUUGUGUGUUCACUAGGCUUCUUUUUCUGAGCGCCAGUUUCUCACUCUUUUUUUUUUUUCUUCAUGGUUUUCGGGCACUUCAGGCCACCUCCAACCUCCAGCUCCUGCUCCAGCUCCUGUUUUAGAGCAUUUAGCAUUUUUUGUUCGGCUACUUUAAAGCACAUCUCAACUUUUUCAGAGAUGAGUUGUGUUUUCCAGUAUCACGAACCACAUUAGAGGCUGGAGAUGUAAGCUACCGCCACUUCUCUGCUCAUUUAAGAUGCCCAGUGGACACGCAGCUUCAGAACUGGACCAAUCUAUUAUCCACACCAAUAGAAACUCAACUCAGAAACACUACUGAGUCGCCCAGUAAGCUGACUCUGCCGGACACUAAAGUAUAUUUCCCAGGACCCUCUGUGGUGCAGCGAGUGUUGUAGCUGACGCUGCUACCUCUGGGUCUCAUCUGUUCAAAGCAAUAUAACACUGACUGGGACAGAGAGAGAGAGAAAGAGAACUACAAUGUCCAGCUUUAGCGUUGCCAUGGUAACACAGCAGACAGCAUCACAGCUUACAUCAUUCAUGGAGCUCCCCCUAGCUUUUACACAUGUGAUUGAAUGCUGUUUGUGUGUAUUAUCUGUCAGGUGGAAUGGACAAAGUAUUGACUGAUCAGCAGAUUGAUUGAUUUAUUGAGCUGUGUUUCCAGGCGGUUCAGUGUAGUCUUUUUGUUCUAAUGUAAACACUAAGGCCAUUUUGUCCCUUAUACCAGUAGUCAGUAAUAGCAGCGCCUCUUAUUGGGGGGGGGGGCAUGAGUCUUAGAUGUCUAAGACAGACAAACAUUAGCCACCGAACAUGGAAGCGUUGGAUGGUGUCGACGUCUGAGCUCGACUGGAGUUCAUGCGGGCAACAAAGGAACAAAACAAACGAGCAAGUGGCAACUCCCACAACUGAGAAGCUUGUCAAUUAAGCAAAUAAUGCCCCACUUAAAAAUGCCUUAAUAUUUUCUCAACUAUUUUUGAAAAUCACCACCAAGUAAUGAAUUCAGAUUGUCUUGCAGAAUUUAGUAUUUUCUAAAAAGUGGCCAUUAGUGGCCAUUAAAGGAACUGCAACGUAAAAUAUAUUGUUUUCAACAUGAACGGUUAAUUCUGGUUAAUUUACAACUUGGGUAAUGACAACACUGUACUCACCAAGUUAAUCUCGGAACGCAAUAACUUUAAUAAAAAUAUACUACAUAUAUACAAAUACAAAUAAAUGCCCUAUUUCCAUCGUUUAACUGGUGCUCUUUUAAUUGUCAUCUCUUCUUCUGUGGUUUAAUGGGACCCGACAGGAGAAUCUGUGCCACCAUCUUAUCUCAAUGAGCUCAACUCCUAAAAUUUGAUUAACAGUAGAUGGAAAUGUGCAUUCAUUUGUAUUUCUUUUACGAUUUUAUAGAAAUUAGUUUAAAAUUUGCGCCAAUCUAGAUGGAAACUUGGCUAUUUACCCCGCCUGCAAGCGUGGGUGGGAACAGCUAUAAAUACUUAACUUUUUAGACGUGGUCGGACAGCGCGCCGUUCGAAUGAAUUCAUUUCUAACAUUUGUCGUAGCAAUGCUGCUGUGUUCCGAGAUGUCAGCAAUUACUUUUGCUAUCAUAAUCAACCAUAGACUGUAUAUAAAGAUGGGCAUGACAGCUCCCCAAAAGUCAAGCCAAAACAUCUACAUCGCCCCCUGGUGGCUGGCUGCAGUAUAGGUCAUAAACCCCACCCCCUCCAUGUGAGCAGAUGGGACAUGGGCCAAACUUAAAAACUCAAAGUAUACGUCAAAUAAUUUUUUCCCAAAGAUGGUUUCAAGUGGAGAUGCGUUGUCCAUCUCUAUAUAGUCUAUGGUAAUAAACAGAAAUGACAGAAAAAUAUGACCCAAAUUGUAACAAACGGAAUUAUCCUUUAAGUCGCGGUUGGUUGCUGCUCGGUCUUGCACUGCUGCCAGACAGCACACACCAGCGCAGAUUGCGGAGUUCAGAGGCGCCACCAUGGUCGUCUGGGCUCUGGUCUUGAGAACUAAUGAAAAGAAGGGGGCACCCAGAGAACCGUCUGCACCAGCAGAGUUUCUCUCCUGUACAUUUUAAACUCUAACAAUACAACAUUAAUAGUGCUGACAGAGUCUGAUGGUUUGUGUCAUCAGGGUGACGAAACCUCCCCAGUCCAGAGGCUACACAGCUUUACUGUUGCUACCACCCACACACACACACACUAUGUGAAACGCACACUUUGACACACACAGACUAUUUUGCUACAUGAGUUAAUACUGUAUAUUUCUUGAUAUGUUUGAUACUGUGGUGUAAAUGUAGUGUCCUGCUAUGAUGCGGCGUGUGGAGGGAGGGGUAUUUUUUGGACUUUUGGGUGGGACAGAGGAGGUUCAGUAUCAGUGUGACUGUCACCUUCUCGCUCUCUGUCUUUUACCUCCUUCUGUUUUUGAGGGGAGACGUCCUCUCUGUUACCUUUCUCUCGUCUGGCUCAUGACUGAAACAUUUGGAAAACGCUGUUUUGUUGGAACGGAUCACAAGCACAUUCCCGACUAUUCUCUGUCUGUGCCGUCGUUUUAUCCAGAUUCUUUCUUGUUGCGACAAUACAACAUGUGUCUAGUUCUUGCCGACUCACAUGUAUAUAAAGUGCAUAUAUGUGUACACAUGUGCAAUACACGCUAUUCGAGCAAUCUAUUACUGUGACUAUUAUUGAUGAUGAUGAUGAUACUUGUCCCUUUUUCAGAGUUUCAGCCCGUUUUUUCUUCUUGUCCUGAUUUCCUGUUGAUGGAUUGUGUUGCAGGAGUUUAAAAAGGGAAGGUGACUCUUGUGAUUCUUCACACUCAGUUUAAUUUCAGGGGUUUGUGGACAUUUUAAUGAAGCCCUUUUUUAUUACUCUCAAUGUAAUGUUGUGACGUUGAUCCUGAUUAUCUGUUUCUUUGUUGUUGUUUUUUUUAAGUGGGCCUGUUGUUAAACUUGUCUGGAAACUCAAUAAAGCAAUUCACUGAC